CGGUGCGCUGCGGGCCUGAGGGCGCCAAGUGCGAGUGCGCGCGGCGGGCGGCGGCAGGAGCGCGGCGGGCGGGGCCUGUCCUCCCCGCCCCGCGUCCCCUCCUUGGGCCAGGAACCCGCCGUAGGCUGUCCACCCCCCACCCCCCGCCUCGGGACCGCUGCGUUUCUAGCGAUCGCCAGGCUGACCUAACGCUGUAAUGUCCCAGCUCUUCCCGUAAGUUGCCCGCCGCACAUUUUCUUGAGUGGCAGAAAUAGCAUUUUCCUUUCUUUGAAAAAAGUGCUGCAGUGUUUGAAACUCACGAUUCUCCUCUUGCGCAAGAAGACCAACAGCUCCAUAUAGAAACCCUUCCCUUCCCCCUGAUGAAUGGCUGGUCUGAGCCGUCUACGACAGCCUCCUCCUAGUCAAAGCCAAGAAAAGGACAUUAGAAAGAAGAAGGAAAGUGGGUCUGACAGUGAGGUGAAGAAUCCACCAAAUUUUGUGAAGGAAAGAUUGAAGCUUUUUGAAAUACUGAAGAAAGAGCAUCAGCUCUUACUUGCCAUUUAUGAAAAAAAGGGAAAUACAAGCAAUGUGAUCACAGUAAGAGUGGCUGAUGGGAAAACAGUGGAAGGGGAAGCUUGGAAAACAACACCUCACCAAGUGGCUGCUGAAAUUAGUCAGGAGCUGGCAGAAAGCGCAGUGAUAGCCAAAGUGAAUGGGGAGCUGUGGGACCUGGACCGUCCGCUGGAAAGGGAUUCCAUCCUAGAGCUGCUCACAUUUGAUGAUGAGGAAGCCCAAGCUGUGUACUGGCACUCCAGUGCCCACAUCCUCGGGGAAGCCCUGGAGCUCCGCUACGGGGGCCUCCUGUGCUGCUGCCCACCCACAGACAGCGGGUUUUACUACGACAUGUUCCUUGAAGACAGGGCCAUGUCCAGCACAGAGCUGCCAGCGCUAGAGAGUGCGUGUGAGGCCAUCAUCAAAGAGCAGCAGCCUUUCGAACGAUUGGAAGUCAGCAAGGAGGCCCUGCUGGACCUGUUUAAGUACAAUAAAUUUAAGUGCCGCAUCCUGAAGGAGAAGGUCAACAUGCCGACAACCACAGUUUACAGGUGUGGUCCACUAGUUGACCUUUGUAAAGGCCCCCAUGUAAGACACACGGGAAAAAUUAAAGCCAUAAAAAUUUUCAAGAAUUCCUCAACAUAUUGGGAGGGCAACCCUGAAAUGGAAACGCUGCAGAGGGUCUAUGGGAUAUCCUUUCCUGAUGACCAGAUGAUGGCAGCCUGGGAGGAGCUCCAGGAGGAGACCAAGACCUGGGAUCACCUAAGGAUCGGGAAGGAACAAGAACUUUUCUUUUUCCAUGAUCUGAGUCCUGGAAGCUGUUUCUUCCUUCCCAGAGGAGCCUUCAUUUAUAAUACACUUAUGGAUUUCAUACGAGAGGAGUACCACCGACGCAGCUUCACGGAGGUGCUCUCCCCCAACAUGUACAGCAGUAAGCUCUGGGAAGCCUCCGGACACUGGCAGCAUUACAGUGACAACAUGUUCACCUUUGACAUUGACAAGGAUACUUUUGCCCUUAAGCCCAUGAAUUGUCCAGGGCACUGUCUGAUGUUUGCCCAUCGUCCACGAUCUUGGAGGGAAAUGCCCAUUAGAUUUGCCGACUUCGGAGUUCUUCACAGGAAUGAGCCGUCAGGAACUGUGAGUGGCUUGACCUGUGUUAGGCGCUUCCAGCAGGAUGAUGCUCACAUCUUCUGCAUGGUGGAGCAGAUUGAAGAAGAAAUAAAAGGGUGUUUGCAGUUUUUGCAAUCUGUUUACUCAACAUUUGGCUUCUCGUUUCAAUUAAAUUUGUCAACAAGACCUGAAAACUUCCUAGGAGAGAUUGAGAUAUGGGAUGAAGCUGAAAAGCAACUACAGAAUAGCUUGAUAGAAUUUGGAAAACCAUGGAAGAUAAACCCAGGAGAUGGAGCAUUCUAUGGUCCUAAAAUUGAUGUAAAAAUCAAGGAUGCUAUUGGCAGAUACCAUCAGUGUGCUACAAUUCAACUGGACUUCCAACUACCCAUACGAUUUAAUCUUACAUAUGUUAGUAAGGAUGGGGAUGAUAAGAAGAACCCUGUGAUCAUUCAUCGAGCCAUUUUGGGGUCAGUGGAAAGAAUGGUAGCCAUCCUCUCAGAGAACUAUGGGGGGAAAUGGCCUUUCUGGCUGUCUGCUCGUCAGGUAAUGGUCAUCCCUGUGGGGCCAACUUGUGAAAAAUAUGCACUUCAGGUAUCCAGUGAAUUUUUUGACGAAGGAUUCAUGGUUGAUGUUGACUUAGAUCAUAGUUGUACACUAAAUAAGAAAAUACGAAAUGCACAGCUGGCUCAGUAUAAUUUUAUUUUGGUGGUUGGAGAAAAGGAGAAGACAAAUAAUGCCGUAAUUGUUCGAACAAGGGACAACAAAAUUCAUGGAGUGAUUUCAGUAAAUUCUGCCAUAGAUAAACUGAAGAAUCUCAAGAAAUCACGUACCCUGAAUGCUGAGGAAGAAUUCUGAAGUCCUUCCUUGUGCUCAUGUCUGUGUAACCUUGUUCUGACCCCUGAAUGUGCAUUUUCCUUAAUUACCAUUAUUACUUAUUCUGAGAACUUGGGACUCAUUGUCCCGUCCACUGAUGGGCACAGUGAGAUGUGAGACGGGAAUGAGUGGCUGAUAUGCAUGAAAUCUGAUUCACUGUGUCGGCAGACAAUGAGAGGACAAGGGUGGGAAAUUUUAAAUUUCCCAAAUAUCAUGAGAGACUUAAGUGGGAAAAUGUUGUUCAUCAAAAGAGGGAAAUACUAGGAAAUGAGCAUUAGGAGAUGUUAUUGUUAAGGAUUGUGAUUUUCAAAAGGUAAGUUUCAAAUAAAAGUCUGCAAAGGUUUUCGAA